AUUCCAGAUGCCGCAACAAAGAUCACGCGGGAUUACAGCACUGGUGGAUGAACUCACGAAUCGGCGGAAAUUUACGUCCGGUUGUAUAAUAUACAGCAAGUGGAACUUUGUCCUCUCGAUCGGAUUUCUCAAAAGGCUAUGUAAACAAGGUUACGUUGUCAAUGGGCCUUGUGGGUUUUCCGCUUACCCGUUUAUCCCAACCACUGAAAAUUGGGAAGCGUAGGAAAAGUAAGUCACACCAUUAUUAUUGUUUUCAUUUUCUAAACCUUGUGAAAUCAAAACGCGGACUAUUUCCUUCAUUGGUGAGGAAACGUUCAUAGACAACGGAGGUUGGUCCCACAAACUAAAACGUUAGUUUCCAAUCUACACUGUAUACCCCCUUGUGUAAUAAAUAGGACAAUUAUGGUUAGUUAAGUGUUUACGAAUAGCUGACUGACAUGGGCUGGGUGUAUCUUGAACAUUCAACCUUGUCUAUAGAUGAUGAUUUAUCGAGUUUUUAAAGAAUUAUUAUUCCAAAACACGUGCCAGUAAAUCACUUGCUUGCGUGACAUUGGCUACUUCUUUCGUCGUUGUUAUUUUCAACGAACGACGUCGUCCCAAGAAGAUUUAUGUGAGGACAACAAGAAGUCGAAUGACUUGGCGCGUUGUGUCCAGGCCAUGGUUAUACAAAAAUAAUGAUAAUUGAACAAAUUCUCAUACAAAGAGUUUGACACUAGCACGGUAAUUCCCUAAAUAAAUUCACGUUAGUCACGAUCUUGACCCAGAAAGCGUGUCGUACUGCGCAUCACGUUACGAAGCUAAAAAAGAACUACAAAAAUUCGCUUUUGUAUUUCCCGGGCUUGUUACAUUACAUUGGACGGCCUCAACUUGUUUGAGACGCAGUUGGAGCAUAAGAGGAAAGGACAAAGCCUAUAAGAGAAAAAAAAAAAACAACCUGAAAUUUCUCAAUAAACUCAUCACUAAAGAGUCUUUUUCAUUUUCCGGCCUUGGUUUGUUAGAAAACCAGCACAGCAUGACUUCAUAUAUGAUUGCACGCCUUUUACGUUAUGCCACUUCGUGGCUCUUUGUUAGCCCUUAGUUUUUAAAAGAUCACCUCUCUGCCGCAUCGUCACUCGUUACCUGACCACUAACCACAGUGUUACAUCUCUUCACUUUCCCUGAUUUCGACCUAUGUUUCAGUUACAGCCCAAUUGCAUCGCUACUGGAUUUUUAAAAAAUUACAUUUCUCGUUGAAUUGACAUUCACACAAUGCAGAAAGACAUUGAAGAUUUCAAAGUUUUCGUUUCUUCUCAUCGGUUCGCAAGUGAAACAAACAGCGAUCCAGGCGGUGGUGUUUCUCGUGGUCACGCAGUUCUCGUCCGGAAGGCGACGAAAAGCUACGGCGUUGGAAGAAGCCGUUCUACCAUACUCGACGGACUCGACAUGACCGUUAAGAAAGGCAGCAUAUACGGAUUACUGGGAGCCAGUGGAUGCGGGAAGACGACCCUGUUGAGCUGCCUAGUUGGUCGCCGUAGUUUAAACAGCGGAGAGAUCCUGGUCCUUGGUCACGAGCCAGGCACUCCGGAGAGCGGAGUGCCUGGUCCGCGGGUUGGCUACAUGCCACAAGAACUGGCAUUGUACGGAGACUUUACCAUCAAAGAGACGCUGCAGUACUUUGGGCGUAUUUACAACCUACGGUCGGCGUUUGUCGAUUCGCAGUUGGAGUUUCUUUCAAAUCUGUUGGAUCUUCCACCGAGUAUUCGUUACGUUAAGACGCUGAGCGGUGGUCAACAGCGACGAGUCUCAUUCGCAGUCGCUUUGUUCCACGAGCCUGAAUUGCUUAUCCUGGACGAGCCAACUGUUGGCGUCGAUCCUUUACUCAGACGCAGCAUUUGGAAUCAUUUAAUCCGCCAGAGUGUCGAUCAUGGAAGAACAGUCAUUGUAACAACCCACUACAUCGAAGAGGCCCGAGAAGCUAACACGAUUGGAAUGAUGCGGUCUGGUCGAUUACUAGCGGAAGAAUCACCCAAGAAUCUUUUAAGGAAUUCUAGACGUCCUUCGUUAGAAGACGCAUUUUUAAAGCUUUGCAUGGAUGAGAUUAAUGACAGCGAUGAGCAGUCCACUGUCGUCGCUCAUUGCACUUCAAACGAAGACGGCCAGACAUCAGCAACGGUACAGCCAGAUGACAACAUAACAACUGACAACAGUUGCAAUCAAGUCGACAUUCAUGAAACGGACACUGGGCGUGUCCAUCACACGAAUGGGCAAGCGUCAUCUGCUACCCCGGCUGAUCUUUCUAACGCUCUGUCAAACCUUGGGAUUCCAAAUAAGGCAGCGAAAAUGAAGCGUAAAAAUCAUACGACCAACGUAGCCUUACCUUCUCUGCAACGACUUGGCGCUCUCAUCCGCAAAAAUUACUUGAUGACUUUUCGCAAUAUCGGGAUAUUUGUCUUCAUCUACCUGAUCCCUGCUUUCCAAGCAAUCGUUUUCAAUGUGACACUAGGACAUGAACCGAUGAAUCUCAAACUUGCCAUCGUUAAUGAUGAACUGAGCUCAGGUAACACCUGUAAUUACACGACGGAGUGUUCGUAUUCGAUGCUCAGCUGUCGAUAUCUUCGGUACAUUAAAAAGAAUAUCAUACAGAUGCCAUACGGGAAUAUAUCGGAUGCUUUGGAGGCAGGUAAAAAUGGACAAGUGUGGGGCGUGAUCCACUUCGGACAUAAUUUCACGGAGGAGUUUGAAAUUCGUCAAUCGGCCGGUGAUUCGGCAAGUUUAGAAAACAUCAUCCGCAGUAGAAUCAGCAUAAACAUGGAUUCUUCUAACCAACAGAUUGACGUUUUUAUUGAAAAAUGGCUUUUGGAAGCGUUUGGAGAUUUCUUCAAAGAUUUCAUGAAAGCGUGCCAAUACGAGCCGGAAGCGGGUUAUAUCCCUGUCGUGUUUCUCGAUCCGGUUUAUGGUGAGAAAGACACUCCAUUCACUGAAUUUAUGGCUCCUGGUCUUAUUAUCUCGAUCGUGUACUUUAUGGCCGUCUCGCUGACUGCUGGCGUUUUUGUUUCUGAAAGAAAACAAGGUCUGCUCGACCGUUGUUUAGUGGCUGGUGUGACGAUGACAGAAAUUUUGAUUGGACAGCUAGUCAACCAGUUCUCGAUAUUGAUCGGCCAAACUACUCUGGUCUUCCUGUGCAUGUUGCUCGCGUUCAACAUUCCCUGUCACGGCAAUUUAGCCCUGGCCGUAUUCAUCACUUUUCUUCAGGGCUUUGUGGGAAUGUGUUUCGGCUUGCUUAUAGCCACUCUAUGCGAUAACGAAAACAGUGCGCUGUUACUAUCGCAAGCAAGUUUUCUACCGUUCACAGUUAUCAGUGGCGUUUGCUGGCCAAUCGAAGGUAUGCCACCUUACCUUCGAAAUAUCGCCUAUUCGAUGCCACUGACGUACGCCAUCGAAUCUUUGAGAUGUGUUUUCGCCCGCGGGUGGGGCAUCGAUCGACGUGAUGUCUACGUCGGAAUCCUCAUCAGUAUUGCCUGGAUUCUUGGCUUGUUAAUUUUAUGCCUUUUUGUUAUACGUAUCCGCAAGUACACCAGGUAAAAGCAAAUCGUGUGUGUGGAUUAAUGAAAUUGCAUUUGCUUUCAUUGAGGAGCCCACUGUCAUGACGAUGUUGAUCCAGGUCAGUUUGAUUGGGCGGCUGGAUUUGCAGGUGCAUAUUAGGGAACUUAUUUAUUAUCGUUGAACGAACACGCAAAAAACGUAUCCAGCAUUCUGAUUUAUGUUAUUUAAAUUUUGAUUUAUUUAUUUAUUGAAAACCCGGUGUAUAUCCUCUCAUUAUUCCAAUACUUCCAUUAAGACAGCUGGACUUGAGUAUUGUACAGUGUUUGAACAUUUACAAGUUAUGAUUGUCUUCUUAUCGAAUCAAAGAUAUUAAACAAGAAAAUGGAGGUUGUCAAUAAAAUUGGUAAAUUUA